AUGAGAUCAUAUCAUCAACUACUACAACGUGACUUUAUCGAUACCGAUCAACAUGUGUGCAUCCAAUCAAAAUACGACGGAUACGUUCAACCAUACUAUGAUCUUUACUACUUUGCAAUCGAGGAUAAGAAUGAUCAUAGUUGGAGACAGAAUCUGAUGAGAUUGCCUCAUGUUGGCUCGAUUGAGUUUGUUGAUGAUAGAGAUGAACCGUUUGAUCAAGAGUUCUGGAAUGGACUGGAAUCAUUCCUGGAUGAUGUGGUCAAUAUUAGAUCAGUGUUGGAUAUUAGUUUCAUAAAGCAUUCAUCACCUUUAUAUCAAAUGGACCAUAUCAAACAUAUAAAGACCAUGGUGAUAAAAGGAGACUUGAACAUGCCAAUCAUUCGAGCACAUCUGCCCAGCUCGCUCAAAUCACUGACCAUUGGCGGCAAUUACGAUCACACACUGGACCAUGUGCAACCGGACACCAUGACUUGUCUCAGUCUUCAUUUGGCAAGAAAUUGGAAUCAACCAAUCAAACCAGGUGCACUACCGCAGAGUCUGACGAUGAUUAAGUUUGGAAAGGCAUUCGACCAGUCGAUACCCCCUGGAAUGUUACCCCCGUCAGUGACCUCGAUCUACUUUAGCUACGCAUCCAGGUUCAACUCACCCUUGGAUGGCGAUCGUCUCCCUCGAUCACUCACGCUUCUCGAUAUGGGCUUGGAGUCCAGGUUCAACUUCCCCCUGGUCAACUUGCCCAGCAGCCUCACCAACAUCGCACUUGGCACGGCAAACAAUCAAGUGAUUAUUCAUCCUACAUUGCGUCGUGUCAAUCUACACAGUGCCAAUCCUAGGUUGGCAAUAGUUGGUGAUCAUCAAACUCAAUCAAUCUUCACUUGUCUCGUAAACAUGAGACUGUUGGAGGUGCCCUCAAACAUAUGGACAACCAUCAAUCCAACAUCAUUUCCAGGGCUCACCGAGCUUUACAUCAAAAGCUUCAAGGACAAGGACACACCAAUCAAUCUUUCAACACUCCCGCCCUCACUGAUCAUUCUGGACUUUAGGCCACACGGUAAUUGGACACCGCCACCAAACACGUGUACUCAUCCACUCCGCCUUCUCGAGACAUUGUCAAUGUAUAUGGCCAACUUGGACAACAAUAAGCUGUCUUCAUGCUGGCUGCCAUCAACAAUUACCUCACUCAAGCUGUACAAAUAUCAACAUUAUUUGGAAGUCGGUGAUAUUCCAACAUCAGUAACAUCACUCACGAUUGAGGAUGGCAUGCCGCAAUGGUACACUCGAACAUUCCCCAGUGCAUCGCUCAGACAUCUGUCUUUGAAGUGGCCACCGGCCAGCCACCAUGAGGCCCCCAACAUGUUUUGGCAGCGAAUAUGUGGCAAUGGUGAUGGCAUUUGUGUGCUGGACUAUGAAGAGGAACACCUUUGCACUCUGCACCUGAUCAGAAUCAGUCAAACGUUGUUCCUAAACAUGAACAAUGAUUUACUAUUCAGUGGAUUCAUCGAUGUUGAUACAUUGACCACACGACUAACAUCAAGACGUAGGACAAUGAUUGAUAAUAGAGAACGUGCAUAUCAUCGAUACCAAGGAUUCGAUUGA